AUGUCUUCCAAACUCUCUGAUACGUUCUCGGGCUCGCCCCUCUCAACCCACGGCUCAAAAUGGUCUGCCUUGUGGGAAGAAAAGUACACACCCUGGGACCGCGGCAGCCCCUCCCUUGCUCUAUUUGACGUCCUCACCACGAGGCCCGAUCUAGUACCUCCUCCUCCUCCUCCUCCCACACCAAGCCAGGGAAAUAUCAGCAGGCCAACAGCCCUGGUACCAGGCUGCGGGAAAGGCCAUGACGUCCUUCUCCUCGCGGAUCUCGGUUACGACGUCCUAGGUCUCGACUUCUCGCCAACCGCAAUCGAGCAAGCCAAGGAAAACCAAAAGACCGAAGGUUCCGGCGUCGGCUCCGUCCGCCGACCUGACGGCCCGGAGCCCGGAACCGUGACUUGGCUGUCGGGCGACUUCUUUUCAGACUCCUGGCUUGAUGAAUGGGGUCGCGGGAGGACGUUCGAUCUCAUUUUUGACUACACAUUCCUCUGCGCGCUCCCCCCCUCAGCCCGUCCCCUCUGGGCAACCCGCAUGACUUCCCUCCUCGCGCCCAAAGGCCGUCUGAUCUGCCUCGAAUUCCCCUCCGGCAAGCCCCUGUCCGCCCCGGGUCCCCCAUGGGGCCUCACCCCGGAAAUCUACCUCGCCCUGCUCGCCCACCCCGGUGCCCCCCUCGAGUUCUCGUCUUCGACAGAGCAGGGCGACGACAAGGACGUCGUGAUGGUGCCCCCCUUCCGCGAAGACGGCCUCAAGCGCCUCGAACUCAUCAAGCCCGACAGGACACACCCGGCGGGGAUGAACCCAGACGGUACGGUCUGCGAUUGGAUUCACGUCUGGAGCCGUUGA